AUACGAUGUCACACUGCAGUACCGCUUAUAUAAUCCCGGCUAAAAGUUGUCACCCAGCGUCCGGAGGAAAAAGAGAACAAUUGCAGCUUAAUCAGAGAUGUAAGUCUUUUCGGAAAAGCAGAGGAGAACGAGAGUUGAAAGAUAAUGGAUAUUCGUCGGAAUUGAAUUUGACUCUAGCGUAAGGCGUUUGGUGCCUGAAAAACUCAUAAUAGGAAUAUUUGCUUUGCGAAAAUGUUGAGUUCAAUGAAGAACUAUGCUGUUAUCUCUAAACACGUAACGGAGGGUUCAAAUGGAUUAGAGGAAGAUCAAGAUGAAUCUGGUGAGACGAAUUGCAGUGAAUCUUUAUUGACAAACCAGCCAUCUACAGAUGAUGAACAAUCUCAAAACGCCCGAAUGCCAAAAUUGUCUCCUGAAAUUGAGGGAAUAAUACAAAAAGACUGCCACGAAACAAAUCGUGACGCUAUUAUUAAAGAAGAGUCAGAACGCAGCAAGGUGACAAAAGCGAAAGAGAGUGUACAAUCUUCGGGAGAUGUGCACGAAGCAUCAACCAAUCCUGAUAUAUGUACAUUUCCUCAUGGUGAAGAAGCGAGUCAAGAUUGUUCUGUAGUAAACAAUUCUUCAGAAAAUCUCCUUGGCUCCAAUCACCGCAGGGAACCUUCAGUUGAGGACAGUGAUGAAGUUUUCCCCCUUGUUAGACAAAACGCUAAUUCUUCCGAUGAUCUGCUCGAUAAGAAUUUUGUAAAAUGGACAAAUGCGAAGAACUCCCACGGUAGUACAAACUUAGAAAAAGGUAGUGCCUUAUCGUCAGAGUCACCAAGUAGUGAUGUGGAAUUCAGUGCGUGUUCAUCAGUUACUAGUUGUACUGAGGAUAGUGGAAUUAGUUCUACUGUUAGAGAUGAAGAACUAGAAGAGAUCCCACUUAACAACUCUCAAUUUAGCCCCGACCUGUACCAACAGAUAUCUAGAUUUGCUAUAGAUGAAACAGUAGCGGCCUGGAUUCCGAAAUCCUCUAAUACUUACGCACCGAGUCCAAGUUCGAGUAUGAAGACAGUUCCUGUUACAGAUCAAGAAAAGUCACAAAAGCAGGGCAAACUAAAAGGACUGUUUUCAAAGUCAACUCAAAAGGAACCUGUUCCUGGUUGGAAGUUAUUUGGCAAGGUUCCCGCUAAAGAUGCAAGGGAUAACAAUAAAGAUUCUCAUAUCCAGUCAUCAUCAUUUGAUAGAGGAGAUUUAAAGCAUAGUUCUUUUGGUGAUAAGCCUUCAUCAACUGCUCCAACCUCCAAACCCAAAUUUCUUUCGAUUAGGAGGAAGGUGACAACAGGCAGCUCAACUACAGCUCUUAUUUUUGAAAACAGACCCAGCAACCUUCCAGCUAAGUCACCUACAGAAGAGAAAAAGCACAGAAAGCAAUAUGAAGCUAUGGUGGCUGAAGCAAAGAAAAAAGAACUGAAAGACUUAAAGCUGCAAGAGAAAAAACUUAAAGAAAAAUGUAAACAGGAAGAUGGAAUUGUCUCUGCUGCUUCUGUGUGGACAAAUGAAAUAUUGCCCAACUGGGAAACAAUGCAACAUGCAAAGAAAACAAGAGAACUUUGGUGGCAGGGCCUUCCACCAAGUGUGCGUGGAAAAGUGUGGAAGCUUGCUAUUGGAAAUGAUUUACACAUUACUCAAGAAUUAUUUGACAUAUUCCAGUCCCAUGCAUAUGAAAAACUCUUCACAACACGCCUCAACAAGCAGAAAAAUGUAACACAGACAGUUGCAGAGCUACCAGCCAGUGACCAUCCAGUUGUCAGUAAGGCUCACACAGUAGAACUCAUUGUCAUGGAUGUUUCACGCACAUUUCCGUCACUCUGUAUCUUUCAAGAGGGUGGCCCAUUCCACGAUGUUCUACAUAGUAUUUUAGGAGCAUACACAUGUUAUCGACCUGAUGUGGGAUAUGUUCAGGGAAUGUCCUUUCUUGCAGCAGUUUUAUUGCUAAAUAUGGAACCUUCUGAUGCAUUUAUUUGUUUUGCAAACCUUCUCAAUAAACCUUGUCAGCUGGCAUUCUUUAGGGUGGAUCACCCAAUGAUGGUAGCUUACUUUGCAGCAUUUCAGAUAUUUCUAGAAGAGUUCCUACCUUCUGUUCAUGCACAUUUUAUUGAAGAAAACUUCACACCAGAUAUGUACUUAAUUGACUGGACAUUCACAUUGUUUAGCAAGUCAUUACCACUGGACAUAGCAUCUAGAGUAUGGGAUGUGUUCUGUAGAGAUGGAGAAGAAUUCCUUUUCAGAGCUGCACUUGGAAUACUGAAGUUUUACCAAGAUGAACUACUGGAAAUGGAUUUCAUUCACCUGGGCCAGUUUCUCUCAAAGUUACCAGAUGAUAUUCCUGCAGGAUCUCUUUUCCAAGCUAUCUCCUCCAUUAAUUUAGUAGAACAGAAAUUUAGUCAGACACUUGCCACGCAAAAGGAGGUUGCAGCUCAAAUAAAAAGUGUCACAUCAUCCACCAAAUGAACUUAAUAUACCAAUACUAUUGUUCUCCAGUGCAAUUUUUAUUGGUUCAAGUUGCAUGUUUUUAUGAACUGGAUCAUCACUCAUUAUUCUUUAGGCUUCUACCAAAAAAUUGUCAACAAUUACUGCACAGUUUUCUUUCAAAUUGUUAUGCUGUCAACCUAAAGUUGGCAAACAUGCAUCAACCCUUGUGGGCAAACCAGACUAACAGGCCCACAGUCAAAUUUGUACAGUUAAAUCUCUCUUUGGCUCUCUCAUGCAAAUUUUUCCAUCAAAUCUGUUAAAUCCCUGAGGCAAAAUGUACAGUACAUAGUAUAAAACACUUUUUGACUCAUUAGGAAGACUGGGAAAUUGGUGGCUCAAGCAGUAUGAUCAAGGGCAGACAGAUAUUCAAAAACCAAUGUCACAUUCCUCUGUAUGGUUUGGAAUGUACCACUGAUUUUCUGAUGAUUCUUUUCAGGUCUUUAGGUGAGGACAGACCUUCUGUUUGACUUGAUAAUCUGAACUACUUUUCAUUUAAUUAAAAUUAAUGUAAUUUGGCAAAGAAUUUUUAAUCACAAGUGGAAAAGUAUGCAUUAAAUGAACUGCAUGUAGCAUCAAAGGUUUAGGAUGAAAUGGCAAACAUGCAUGCGUCUGUCCCUGAGAAUACAGUAUCUGAAUAUUUCUCACCUUUCCAAAUGGUCAAAGUGAUAUUAUAGAGAGAUGAAUCUUAUUUAGCUAAAGUGAAAAGUUAGAGUUAAUAAGAACCACAUGAGAAUUAUCUCCAUUAUCGUUAUCAGUUAUGUUUGUGAAGAAUCUGAAAAGAAGCUCUUACACCCUCCAAAGAAAAAGAGUUAGAAUUUAAAAUAGCUGCAUUGGGAAUAAUCUAUGAACACAAAGUGUAAGAUAAAUACCAGUUUAAACAAACAAAAUCUGCAUUAAUAAUUUUCUUAUAAUCAAAGAAUCAUCACAUUAAAUUUUCAUUCUUAAUGCUCAGUGGCUCUUGCAGAUGUGAUAUAAUACCAUCCAUUCACUAUAUUUUUAUAUGAUUCAAAGCUGUAAAUGUUAUUUAGAUAGAGUGUAAUGUUAAUGGUAGCAUAGUACAUGAUAGUCUGAUAAAGUUUCCAACUCCAUUCCACUCAUUAGUAUAGUAUGUAGCCAUGAUGAUAAUUUUCAGGUUAGGGUGGUUUUAUUAUCUAGUUUUAAGUGACUUUCAAUGUUCUGAAUCUGCAAAUUCUUCUCAGAGGUAAGUGCAAUACUUAGAAAGCUAAAUGCAAGCUACAAACAAGCCCUAGGUGGCAGGCCUUUUUCUCUUCCCUGACAGCAUUAGUCACUUAGGGUAACUAAUUAUAAACAUCAGCUGCUUACAUUUUUGAGUGGAAAAUUUUUGUAACAUUCAUCAUGAGUUAAAUGUAUUAUGAAAAAAAAAAGAGGGGAAAUAAUGUAUACAUUAUGGUAAUACUGCUAUUAAAAAUAAAAGUUUGU